AUGGCGACGCGCCAACCCCGUGCCUCCUCUGGCAGCCACAACACGAAGUCUUGUCACCUUCUCGAUACGCCAGUGCAGAUCAACGACUCGCUCACAUACUGCACUUCCCACAACAGCAACAAGAGACCGCGCACUGCUGAGGACGCCUCCGAACACACUGCUGACUAUUUCGAAGCCAUACGGCAGGUGAAGGACGAAGACGACUUCUCGAUUGGCCUUUCGUUGCAGGAGCAGACCCAGUCCCAGCACCAGCAAGACUCACACCUGGACCAGCUUCAACUUGAAUUGCAGUUCCAACAACGCUACCAGUCGCAGUUUCAUCAGCUCCCACAGUACGACGACUGCCUCCCAGACGGCUCCGAGCUGAUCCCUUCGCUGCCCCCGGAGGUCCGACAAGGGGAGGAGCAAUUCCCGUAUCCGUUCCUCACCUACCACACACUUCAGCAACCAUCACCGUCAGAGUUGGUGUCGGUGAGCUCAACCUCACUGUCACCCAGCUUUAGCUCGCCUGGCUACUACGAGACGGCCACCACCGCUACCCCGGCCGACAUCUCGUCGCCUCAGGUCAUCUUUCACAGCACCGCCGCCACCGCCACCGCCGAGCUUCACAUCCAAUCACUGCCGUUACCAGCUCAGGCCGCACUUCCUCUACCAUCUCCUCCGCAGCAGCCAGAAAUUCCUCAGCAACCAAUUGACCAAAGCAAGCCGCAUCUCCGUCCCGCCAUGACGACCACGACUGAGGAGGCUGCCGCCGCGCUGUCCAAGUCCUCCUCAGAGGCCACCUCUGAGUGGGCCAGGCGCGUCAACGAAUUUUAUUCCUCUUGCACCUCGACUUCGUCGUCAUCCUCAUCCGCCCACGCGGGGAUGCCGCCGCCGCCGCUACCGCUCAGUAUGCUGCGCAUUGGAGGCUACACGCUUGAGGAGGCGGGCGUCACGCUUCCGGAGGACCUGUCGCCCGCGGAGCGCGACCGCCGGCUGUGCCUGCUCGCGCAGGAGCUGCACUACGAGGUGAGGCACCCGCCGGUGCUGCCGCCGUCGCGCGUGCCGGAGCUCCCAGAGAAGACACCACCGUCGCCGCUGCCGCGCGUGCAGCCGGGCAUGAACCAGGCGCAGCGCGAUGCCAUCACCCACGAGGUCGCGCGGCUCGCCGCCGCUCAGCGCAAGGCCGACCAGGAGCGCAACAACCUCGCAGCCAAGAAGUCGCGCCUGCUGCGCCUCGAGUGCCUCGACAACACCCGCCUCCAGCUCAACGCCAAGGCGGCCGAGUGCGCCUGGCUUCGCCUGCAGAUCGUGGCGCUGUUGGGCGUGCCGCUACCGCGACGCCCAAGCGAGGCCUGGGGUGGCUCCGACUUUGUCUACCAAACGCCGGAGAGGCGAUGGGAGGCGGAUGAGGAAGGAGAGGUGGACGUGGAGGGCGUCGUGCCGACAAGGAUCAAGCGCGCCAUCACGGAAGAGAUCCGCGCCCGCGUCGAGGCGCACAGGGAGGCGCUCGAGGAGGAGCACAAGCGCAGAACCACCGCCAGCCGCUCACUACGACGCUCCGAGGCGCAGGCGCAGGCCAGAGCCGCCGAAGUACAAGCCGACGAGGAGGAAGAUCACCGGCAGUGGCAGUACCAGCAGCAGCUACUGCGCCGGCGGAAUCGCGAUAGUUUGUGA